CGUUAGGUUCCAUUUAGCAUUCCAUUGCUAAUCGACAAAGCUUCCGGAACGCGGUAUAAAUAAUCACAUUCGACAGUCAGUCCAGCUUUUAUUCGUCGUAGUACCGUUCACCACAAAACACCCCACAUCACCAUGAUCAAUCGAACGAUCGCGAUCGUGAUGUUCGUUGGCAUCCUCCAAGUUACAUCAGCCACUCAAAAUCCAACGAGUCACAACCGGACAACGGAUUUGGAAACCUCUCGACAAUCACCGGAAACGCCAUAUUUUGAUGCUGUGGUCUACCCCCACGCCUGGAGUUGGGCCCUGACGGCGCUGGUUCUGGUCGUGUUCAAGAGUUUCGGCCUGUUUGUGGCGUUCGCAAUGUGGGCCUACUGGGAGCAGCGGAUCCGGGGCAAGCCCUCGUUUGGUCGAAGUGGCCAACUGGACGACUGGAUGGACCUGGCGGUGCGAUAUCUGGCCGACGGACAGUCGGAAUACUGCCGGAAGCGGUUGGCGUGUGAGGUGGGCGAGUACACGAGGAAUUUUCCGCUGGUGGGACGGGUUGACCUGGGCGGAGUUUGGAGCAAAAGUGAAGAAGAGUGUUCGGGAUUUGCUGAUAGGAGUGGUUCGUGUUCGUUGACGAUAGGGGAUUUCUUUUUAAGGAAGAUUGGGUGGACUAGUGAUCAAAGAGGUGUAAGUGAUGAUAUAAACUAGAUUAUCACAAUAAGUUAUUUUUAUGUAAUAUUUAUUUGCAUAUUGAGAAAGCACCAACAAAUUAAAUAAUUGCUCAAAUGUAAAUUUAAAGUACAAGUUGGGUCAAAACAGUGA